UCUCUUUUCUGUCGCACUGAACUCCAUCUCCACCGCUCUCACAAAAACCUAAGCUUUCAUGCCUAUACGUUUCUGCUUUUACCUUUUCCUUUCAUCUAUCAACUACUCUAGAUCUUAUCACUUCGAUUCGCUACUUUGAUUUCUCAUCUUCACCGCAUUGCAGUUACUUUGAUUGAAGUUGCCAUGGAAGCAGCUCCAGCUGUUUUUGUUGCUGUAUCUAUGGCGGUAGUGGUUCUGUUAGUGGAAUGUGGCGUAUCGGCAGAAGCAGAAUCACAUGUGACGUACUCUUCCAGACUGAUUCAUCGGUUUUCUGAUGAAAUGAGAGCUCUUAGGGUUUCGAGGGAGGGACAGGUGGUCGAUGAUUGGCCUGAGGAGGGGAGCUUGGGUUACUAUCGGCGGCUUGUGAGGAGAGAUGUUGAAAGGCAGAAGAUGAACGUUGGGUCUCAGCAUCAACUCUUGUUUCCGUCUGCGGGCAGCGUCACUAUGUCUGGCGGAAAUGAACUUGGAUGGUUACAUUAUACUUGGAUUGCUGUAGGGGUGCCGAGUGUUUCUUUCCUUGUUGCACUUGAUACUGGAAGUGAUCUUCUCUGGCUUCCAUGUGAUUGUGUGCAGUGUGCUCCACUUUCAGUAAGAUACUAUGACAAUGAUCUGAAUGAAUACAAUCCAUCUCACUCAAGUACAAGCAAAAGCAUAACCUGCAGCCAUCAGCUGUGUGAAUCAGGUCCAACUUGCAAAAGCUCUAAGCAGUCUUGCCCUUACACUGUUAAAUAUGCCACGACAGAUACAUCCAGUUCAGGAUCACUGGUUGAAGACAUAUUGCACCUUGCAUCAGCUGGUGUUAAUGCAUCUAACACCUAUGUAAGGGCUCCGGUCAUUAUAGGAUGUGGUCGAGAGCAGAGUGGUGGUUACUUGGAUGGUAUUGCUCCUGAUGGUGUUCUGGGCCUUGGGCUUGGUGCGGUCUCAGUUCCAAGCUUCCUUGCCAAAUCAGGAGUUACAAGAAAUGCUUUCUCUUUGUGUUUUGGCGAGGCUGGUACUGGGGAAAUAUAUUUUGGCGAUCAAGGACUAGCUGGCCAAAGAACUACUCCAUUUUUGCCAAUAGAUGGAAAAUACAUUGCCUACAUAAUUGGAGUAGAGAACUUCUGUAUCGGUACUACUUGUCUAGACCAGACAACCUUCAGAGCUCAAUUUGAUAGUGGAACUACUUUUACACUCCUUCCAGAUGGAGUAUAUAAACUGGUUGUUGAAGAGUUUGACAGACAAGCAAAUGCCACAAAAUAUAAUUUUGAAGACCUACCCUUUCAACAUUGUUACAAGUCCAGUUCUCAGCAGUUGCCAGAAAUUCCAUCAGUGACUAUUAGGUUUGCAGUGAACAACAGCUUCGUGGUCCAUGAUCCACUUUUUGUUUUGAAUGACAGUCAGGGAGGACUUGUUGGAUUUUGUUUAGCCAUUCAAUCAUCACCUAAUGAGAUGGGAAUCAUUGGACAGAACUUCAUGAAAGGAUAUCGGUUGGUUUUUGAUAGAGAAAAUCUUACACUUGGGUGGUCACGUUCAAAAUGUCAAGCGGUGAAGGGUGAGAAAACGACAGGAAGUAAUGCUAGCUCUCCAAUUUCAUUGCCAACAACGGAGCAACAAAGGACCCCUAGCACGCAUGCCGUUUCCCCUGCGGUUGCUGGAAGGGCUCCUCCCUCUAAAUCUUCAGCCACCUCGAUUCUGUCAAAUUGGUCUUCUCUAUCCAAGGUACUGCUUCUUGUGCCGCUACUAUUUCAUCAACUCACUCGAUGUAAAUACGAGACCAUUUUUUAGCUUGUAGGAGUGUCAUAUGUUAGAUCAGUGGUGUGUUAUCCUUGGAUUUCUUUGUGGAAAUGGUAUAAUGAGUGAAUGUAAUAUGUCGAGUAUAAGUUAAAUGCGUUCACGUAAAUAUAUCGAGGGGGAUGAUGUUGGUCUAGUUUCUAGUAUCACGUGCAUUACAACAUUCGUAUCCGAGAGAUAUCAGGGUUUUUGGUUGGUCGAUAUAUAUCAGUUACAAAUUUUGGGUUAUGUAUGUGUGGUAAUGUAUUAUGAAUGUUGAUAACAAA